GGCCAGAGCGGCUGUGAGCGCUCGCGGGGCCCGGGAGAACACGAGUGGGGGGCGAGACCCUCCCGUUCUCUGUCCCGGCCCCGUUCCCGGGAUGGACACGUCGGAGCCGGGCAGCGCGGCCGAGGAGGAGGAGGAGAAGGCACCUGAGCCUCGGCCCCGCACCCGCUCCAACCCCGAGGGUGCCGAGGACCGUGCGCUGAGCGCCCAGGCCAGCGUGGGCAACCGCAGUGAGGGCGAGGGUGAGGCGGCCAGCGCUGACCACAGCCCCCAGGCCACCGGCGGCCCUGCUGGCCCCGCCUGGCCCGGCCCCACCGCCGCCCACACCGAGGUGCAGGUGAAAACCCCCCGGGUGAACUGCCCCGAGAAGGUGAUCAUCUGCCUGGACCUGGCCGAGGAGAUGGCCGUGUCCAAACUGGAAUCCUUCAAUGGGUCCAAGACCAAUGCCCUGAACAUCUCCCAGAAGAUGAUUGAGAUGUUCGUGAGGACCAAGCACAAGAUCGACAAAAGCCAUGAGUUCGCCCUGGUUGUGGUCAACAAUGACGCCACCUGGCUCUCAGGAUUCACCUCGGACCCCCGCGAGGUUUGCAGCUGCCUCUACGACCUGGAGACCGUCGUGUGCAAGUCCUUCAAUCUGGAAGGGCUCUUCAACCUCAUCCAGCAGAAGAUUGAGCUUCCCGUGACUGAGAGCAUCCAGACCAUCCCCCCACCCUAUGUGGUCAGGACCAUCCUGGUGCUGGGGCGCCCUGGGUGCCAACCCCAGUUCUCCAUGGGGGAGCAUAUGAAGAGGAUGCUGCAGUGCCCCUAUUUCUUCUUUGACCUCGUCUACAUCCACAACGGGCUGGAGGAGAAGGAGGAUGAGGGCAGCUGGAAGGAGCUGUAUGGCUUCUUCAGCAGCCUGGACACCAAAGGCACCAACUACAAGUAUGARGUGGCGCUGGCAGGGCCGGCACUGGAGCUGCACAACUGCAUGGCCAAGCUGCUGGCGCACCCSCUGCAGCGCCCGUUCCAGAGCCACGCUGCCUAUGGGCUCCUGGAGGGCGAGGAGAGCCCYGAGAUUGAAGCCACCGUCUGAGAGGGACACCCCCGGGCCUGCUGGUGGCAUCCCAGGGUGAUGCGCAAUGGGGGCGAUGGCUGGGUGUGGGGAAAGAGAAGAGUUUUCCUGACUUGUGAUA